UGCUAUGAACUAUUGGAAAAACAAUGGCACCCAAACUGAGAAGCUCAUCGUUGGAUUCCCAACUUACGGACACACCUUCACCUUGAGCAAUCCUUCUCAACACGGCAUUGGUGUCCCUGCCUCUGGCCCUGGUCCUGCUGGGACCUACACCAGGGAGGCUGGCUUCUUGACUUACUAUGAGAUCUGCCUCUUCCUGAAGGAUGGUGCUAUUGAGGUGUGGGAUGAUUAUGGGAAAGUUCCCUAUGCUUACAAAGGCAGUGAUUGGGUUGGUUAUGACAACCCCAAGAGCUUCCAAAUUAAGGCUGACUGGCUGAAGAAAAAUAACUUUGGAGGCGCCAUGGUCUGGACAAUUGAUCUGGAUGACUUCACUGGGACUUUCUGUGACCAGGGAAGAUACCCCCUGAUCAAUACCUUGAAGAAAGCCCUGGGUCUGGAAAGUACAAGCUGUCCCUCCUCAACUCAACCAAUUACUCCAACCACAUCAGCUCCUGGUGGUUCAGGUCGGGGCAGCUCUGGGGGCAGCUCUGAGGACAGGGGAUUCUGUGCUGGCAAAGCCGAUGGUCUCUACCCUGUGGCCGGCUCUGCCUACAAACUGGUUUGCUACUUCACUGACUGGGCCCAGUACCGAACUGGUCUGGGAUUUUUCGUUCCUGAUUGUACCCACCUCAUCUACUCCUUUACCAAUAUCAGCAACAACAAGAUCACCUCUGAGGAGAGGAAUGAUGUCACCCUAUAUCACACCUUCAAUGAUCUCAAGAAAAGGCUACUGGGAUAAGGAUGGGCAUGAAUGGCCUGUGGUGUGGGUAUACCCAUUUUGGGUUGAUCUAGAUCCUUGCCUGCCCAUCUGAAGCAGGAUGGGAGGAAGAUGGGAGAACUUUGACACUGGGAUUCUUGUGUCAUGCAGGGGGUGGGGAGUAGAGCAGAAAAGUUGAGAGAGGAUUGCUUCUCUCUCUCAUUCCUCCUGAGUGGCCUGGCUUGGACAAAAUUGUGGCAUACAUAAGUGCUUAUCUCCAUCAUCUACUAUUUUCCUUCAUCUCCCUUUUCAAGUCCCAUGCUUAGUGUCCUUAUACCGACCCUGGCUGCUCAGGACACCUCCCUCACUCUAAUUUUAGCCAAGACUGUCCUCUCCUUCAGCACCUCAGGUGCCUUUCCCCACAUCUUCUCCAUUCAAAUCUGCUUGUCCUUCAUUCCAGUCCCUCAAAACCAUAGCUGAGUGUCUAAUCCUUGCUAAUAUGACAGUGGAUGGGGAUGAGUUAAUGCUUCUUCUCCUAAGUCAUUAAGAUAAGAAGCUAUUGAAGAGAUUACUGGAAAAGAGACAGGUAACCCUAAAGAAAUCUGUGUCUUGGUUGGUGGCUGUGGCCAUGACAGUUUUGGCUAUGGAUAAGCUGGCCCCAGCUCAGUACAUCUGGCAUACACCAUCUCAGCAAGGAGUAACUUUCAAUUCUGAAACUAAGCAAAGAGUUACUUGGUUGUUCAAAAUGCAGAAAGAUCCAGUGGAUCCUCCAAGAGUCCAUAUUAAUCAGAAAAUUGCAUGUUAAUGAGGAUCUUCUAGAAACGCCAUGUCUGAAUUCAAAGAAGGGUUUCUAAUGGUGGAAAAUUGAAGUGCCAUAACAGUAUGAAAAUGAAGCCCUCAGUGAAUCAAACUCAUUUCCCUUCCAUUGCAGAAAUCUCAAUCUGAAAACUCUCCUGGCCAUUGGAGGUACCAAAUUUGGUUCCAAAGGUUCUUUCCAAGAGAUGUCAGACUUGUUUCUACCAGGUUUCACCCCACGGUGGAUUCUUCUGAAUCACGAUCAACAAUUAUCAACUCCGUGAUCCAGUUACUGAGGCACAAUGACUUCAAUGGGCUGAAUAUAAACUGGAUCUACCCUGAGCUGAAUGAAAAUCCUUUUUUUGCUUCUCUGAUUCAUGAGUUAGCUGUUCCCUUUCAGGAAGAGGCCAAAACCUCUAGGAAGGACAAGCUUCUCUUGUCUGUGGGGGUGGCCGCAGGAAGGCAGAAAAUCGAUAAUGGCUAUGAGAUUAAAGACCUGGCAAGUGAUGUGGAUUUCAUCAACCCCCUCUCCUUUGAC